UGUGGUGUGUGGACCUUUUUUUUUUUUUUGUUUCUCCCCUCUGCGCCGUGCAGACGUACUGUUUGAUGUAGAUCUAGAUCUAUUUUUAUUUUUUGUUGAAUUCUGUUUCUAGAUCUUGGCCAACUGGAUUAUAUUUCACACAAUAUUCUGGUGUGGUGUUGUUUUUCAUUUAUUUUAUUUGAUAUCACUUACCGUUUUGUUCAAAGCUAGAACUAGAACCAAAGUGAAGCUAGACGUGUGUGUGUGUGUGUAGAUUGUUAACACGGGAAUCUCCUCCCUUACCUCGGCCGUGAACUAGCGUGGAAGCCAUUCUACCGUGUGCUGCCUGCGACGUCCUUCUGUGUGUCAUCACAUUGGCACAGGUGUACCGCAACACAUUAACUGGUGUCCAGAAGUGUGGAGUUUAAUACUAAAUCUAGAUCUAGGAGUCAAAGUCUAGUCUAGUCCUGUCUAGACUAUAGAUUCUAGAUCUAGAUCAAGAAAAUCAGAGUCUACUCAGUCUAGAGCUACCUUAUUAGUUACUUUAGACUUUAGACACUAUAGUACCUGCUCAGGUUACGCUGUCAGUUACAGAAAUUGAGUUUUUGCUAAAGACAUUUGCCACCCAGCUGUUGUUCUCCAAGUCACAGACCUCAGAGCCGGCUUCUUCCAGGGACAAAGUCCAACAGGGGCACACUGAGCUGACAUCCGCUCUUUGCUUGGACCCACCGCCAUCACACAUAGGCAGCUUUCGUCGUUAGUUUUUUGGGGGAUUUGUUUCUUCUUCCCCUUCGUUUUUCUUCAUAUUUUUUUUUGAUCUCAUCGGCGUGGACAUACCAUGGGAAAGCAGAACAGCAAGCUUAAACCUGAGGUCCUGGAAGAUCUCCGCCACCAGACACAGUUCACAGAGGAGGAGCUCCAGGAGUGGUACAAGGGUUUUCUCAAGGACUGCCCCAGCGGGCACCUGUCUGUGGAGGAGUUUAAGAAAAUUUACGGAAACUUUUUCCCCUACGGCGAUGCGUCGAGGUUUGCGGAGCACGUGUUUCGCACCUUUGACACCAACGGGGACGGUUCCAUUGACUUUCGCGAGUUCAUCUGUGCCCUGAGUGUUACAUCCAGAGGGAAACUGGAACAGAAGCUGCGAUGGGCCUUCAGCAUGUAUGACCUGGACGGAAAUGGAUAUAUCUCACGACAGGAAAUGUUGGAAAUUGUAACGGCUAUUUACAAAAUGGUAGGCACUGUCAUGAAAAUGCCAGAAGAUGAGUCCACACCAGAGAAAAGGACAGAUAAGAUCUUCAGACAGAUGGACAAAAAUCUGGACGGCAAAUUAUCUAUCGAUGAGUUUAUAGAAGGGGCCAAAAGUGACCCUUCCAUAGUGCGGCUACUCCAGUGCGACCCACAGGCUGCAGCCCAAAGUUGAGACCUAUGGGUUCUCACUAUUCAAAAUAACAGGUCAAGGGGGUGAAGGUUGUUUGGGGUUGGAUAUUUUAAUAUGAUGUAAUGAGCACUCCACCGUACGGGGUGGGGAUACUUAGAGCAUAUAUUUACAUACUUGACAUGUAUAGACAUACAUUUCUACAGUUGUGAAUGGAGAUGUGUAAGCAGGUUUUUAACAAGAUUCUAGUUUUCAAUAAUGAUUUGUGUACUUUUAUUUUUAUUCAACCAAACAAAUUACACAAGAAUAAAUUUAUUCUACUACUGACAUUAAAAAAUAGUGUGUUUUUUUUCUACACAGAUGUGUUUCUCAUGUGUAAAGGUUUUUUUUUUAAAUCUUACAUUUAUUGUAUAUAUACCUUUAAAGUCAAAGAUUUGAAGGUUUUUAAAGUUUUACCUGACGAUGCCAUUAUGAGGGCUUAUUUUGUUUUUCCUGUCCAACCUCUCCCUCUCUGACCUAGAUUUAGGGGGGUGUGCCCCUCAUCCCACACACACACACAAGAUGUGAUAGGGUUGAGCCACGUGUGAAGUGGUCAGUUACCACCCAUUCCACAUUUCAUCCUGCACCUGAGAGUGUCUGGUCCUACUGUGGUAGGCACCCCAUGCUUGGAUGCAUGUAGCCCUGGUAGCCUGUCAUGCAUGCCUGUUUGUGAGUGUACAAGUGAUAAUAUCUCUAUACUUAUGGACUUUUUUUUUAACACCGCAGUGUAGAAUUUUUUUUCUAUAACUUGUGUGAGAGCAACAUUGCCCAUCACUAGAUUACCAUUGUCAGUUUGCCUACCACUACACUACCAUUAUCAGAUUGCCCACCACGAGACUACCAUUAUCAGUAAUUGCUAAUAAAAAAAAAAAUAAAGGUUUUGCAAAAAAUGUAAAUUAGAUAUUUUAAAGUGUAUUUAGUUCUGUUUUUAUUUCUUCUAAGCAAAAUAGAACAAGCUGUUCUACUCAAUUGUAGAUCAAAAGGUUUUAUAGCAUUCAAUUGUAUGUUACAUUCAAACUCACAUCACAAAAGGUUUUAUGUGGUUAGGACAAUUAUCUGUUUGGAUAUCAAGAUUAGCUAACGCUUCAAACCCAAGCUUUUUAGGAUCACACCGCAAUGAACAAUUCUCUUUGUUUUGUUGUGAAUAGUAUUUCAGGAGGGAAUGAAUGUCUGGCAUCUGAAUGGAGUGGAUAAGAGAGGAUCAUGGGAAGGAUGGGAUUCAUAAAGGGAUGAUUAUGAAAGUAAACAAUUGUGUUUAGGUUGUCUGUGUUGUCAGUGUUGACAGUUUUCCCAUUGUCUCAUUUAUUCUCUCCACUCUGCAUCAUGGAUAGAUGGAUUCAUGGGAGAAUCUUCAUGUUGUUUGUUGUAACGACAGUUCAAUAUUUUAAAGAUUUAUUUGUUUUGUUCAUCUUAAGACAGAUGCUUUCAUUUAUAAUUUCCUUUGUAAACAGCAAGAUGUGAAAAUUUCACAAAUAUGCUUAGUAACAUUUAGUUUUUAUUCAAU